ACAGUGUAAACAAACUCUUUAAUAUUUUAAUAAUAAUAAUAAAAACAAAAUAAAUUAAAGUAUGGACCUGGAUAGUCCUGAUGUGGAAAAGGAGUUUCCGGGCCUAUAUGAAGGCUCAGAGGGCAGUGGUAAAUCGAAGAAAAUUAAAGAAGAGAGCGACUAUAGCGAAGGGGAUCAUGACAAGGUAAGCAAGAAGGAUCUUCUAAUUGGACGUCGUAAGGACAAAAAGGAUAAGAGCAAAGACAGAGGUUAUGCUGCUCUGGAGGGAGAGAGCUCUCCCGAGGAGGUCGAUGCAAAAAGUCCUUCCAAAUCGAAGAAAUCCAAAACAUUUAAGUUUACAUCCUCAAAAAGUAAAGAAAAGAGAGAAAAGUCACGUGAUAGUGCAAAGGAUGAUGACAAGCAGAAGGAUAAAUCGGACAAAGAAAAACAUGCUGACAAGGACAAGGAGCAUAAAAAGAAGGACAAAGAAAAAAAGGACAAAAAAGAAAAAUCCAAGGAUAAGGAAAAAGACAAAGAUCGCAAAGAGAAGAAGGAUAAGACAAAACAACAAUCUAGCAUAAGUUGUGACGAAGUUUUGGAGCUGUGUUCCCCAGUGUUUGGGGUUUCAGUUUGUCUGGCAACCGAACGCAGCCGUUGCCAUGAUGGUCUGGAUUUGCCCUUGGUGGUUCGUGAUUGUAUAGACUAUCUACAGGAAUAUGCUUUAAAAAACGAACAAAUAUACCGGGUGGAGCCGGUAAAAACCAGGCUGCUUCACUUCAAACGUUUAUACAACAAUCGUGAAAGACAGCCGGAAACUGAUGAAUUGGAUGUAGCAACUGCUUGUGGGCUAUUGAAAUUAUUUCUAAAAGAACUGCCGGAGCCUGUGUUAACCACAGAAUUAAUGGCCAGAUUCGAGGAAGUAGCAGCCCAUCCUAAGGUCACAAAACAGCAAGAGGAUAUUACCCAACUCUUGGAACAACUACCAAAAUGCAAUAAAAUUUUAUUGUCUUGGAUUUUGCUGCAUUUCGACUCAGUUAUACAGAAUGAGAAAAGCAAUAAAAUGAAUGCCCAAUCGUUGGCAAUGCUUUUGAGUCCACCUCUACAAAUGUCUCAUCGGUUAUUAGUAACUUUGCUGUGUCACUGCCCUUCAUUAUUUCCCGAUGUAAAACUUGUCAAAUACGUUCCUCCCCUGACGUCAUCAAGUCCGAAACUUCCCGAUACCCCAGAAGAAAUACAAAAGGAGUUAUGCAAACAGGAAAGUUUAUUAAACCAAAUACACUCCGAAAUGAAUGCCGGCUUUGUGUCCAAAAAGCGCGAAGAACAACUUUGGGAAGUGCAACGCAUUAUAACACAACUAAAGCGCAAGUUAAAAGCCUUUGAAAAGAAAAGCGAAAAAUCUGUUGACGAGCCAGAAAGUAGCAAUGACGUCACAGAUUCCAUUUCGGCGGCAACAAAAACAAAGAUCAACAAUAACAAACCAUCAAGCGAGCUACAGCAAAAGGGUCUUACAGUGGAGACAAACGACAAAGAUAAAUCUCCCAAAGUGAACAAGGACGCUAGCAUAACAUCAGACGAAACUAAAAUUCUGGAGGAAACCUCCGAUGGUUUAUACAUUGAGGAUGGCCUACUAAUGGUCUCCAAAACGCAUCCAGAUUAUAACACUCUGCUAAGAUUACAAUUGGAAAAUCAAGAAUUACAAUUGUGGAAAUCGCAACUGCAAGCGCGUAUCGAAAGAGAAAGGGCUGAAAUUUUGCAUUUAAAACAAUUGCAACAACAACAAAUGAAAAAUAAAUCGAGUUCGGUUAGCCAAGAAAAGGUCACAUCACCAGUUCAGGGAACUGAUGACUAUGAGCGCAUGGUUGAGAAUUUUCUACGAGAAAAUGCUCUGCUAGAGAACAAAAAGCAAAUGUUGGCCAAUGCCAUCUUUGAGGAACACAAACAAUGCAUAGCGCUACAAGUGGAAUUGGCCAUGCAAAAGUAUUACAACACCUAGACGAUAUGCUAAUAAUUCACAAUUUACUACGUAUUCCAAACAUUUGAAUAUGCUACCUGCACAGUGCACCUUUAACCAGCUUUAAUACUCACCCUAUAUACAUAUAUAGAAAUAUACUAAUUUCCCAUUAUUUGAUAAUUUCAUGUUGCUACAAAUUAAAUCCACAAACAUCCUAACGUCGAACAAAAAUGUAAUUAAUUUAAAAAAAAUUCUUUUAUUGCAAAUGGAAAUUUGUUUUUAAAAAAUAAACGAAAUUAGAUAUAUUGGGUUGCCCAAAAAGUAA